AUGGACGAGUUGUCUGAAGACGAUAAGCUCACUGUAUCUCGCGCUCGUAAGAUCCAACGUUUCUUGUCCCAACCAUUCCAAGUUGCUGAAGUUUUCACUGGUCACGCUGGAAAGUUCGUAUCUUUGGAAGAGACCAUCCGAGGAUUCGAAAUGAUUUUGAAGGGUGAACUCGAUCAUUUACCAGAGGUUGCCUUUUACAUGCAAGGAGGAAUUGACGAUGUGUUCGCGAAGGCAGAAGAACUUGCUAAGCAGCAUAGCACCUAG